CACCUGUGCCACUCUGCAGUGCCACCUACCUGUGCCCAGAAGUGCCACCUACCUGUGCCCAGCAGUGCCACCCACCUGUGCCCACCCACCUGUGCCCACCAGUGCCACCCACCUGUGCCCACCCACCAGUGCUGCCCACCAGUGCCACCCACCAGUGCAGCCCAGCAGUGCUGCCAUCAGGGCCGCCCAGUCAGUGCCACCAGUCAGUGCCACCAGUCAGUGCCCAGGGGUUGUGCCAGUCAGUGCCGCCAGUCAGUGCCCAGCAGUGAUGCCAGUCAGUGCCGUCUAUCAGUACCCAUAAUCAGUGUCACCUAUCAGUGCCGCCUAUCAGUGCUGCAU